CUGUCUCAGGGGCUGGGUUUCUCUUUUACCCAAGAAGAGAGAGAGAGAGAAGGAAAAAAAUCUGAUUUUCAAGCAUGACGGAACAAAGACACUGAUGAACUAUUGUGAAAUUAUGAUUUAAAAACUUCCAAGACUUACCAUGGCUAUAAGGGAGCUCAAAGUUUGCCUUUUAGGGGACACUGGAGUUGGAAAAUCCAGCAUUGUGUGCCGAUUUGUUCAGGAUCAUUUUGACCACAACAUAAGUCCCACAAUAGGAGCAUCAUUCCUAACCAAAACAGUGCCGUCUGGAAAUGAACUGCACAAAUUUCUGAUCUGGGAUACAGCCGGACAGGAAAGGUUCCACUCAUUAGCUCCUAUGUACUACCGAGGAUCAGCUGCUGCUGUCAUUGUCUAUGACAUUACUAAACUGGACUCUUUCCAGACACUGAAGAAGUGGGUGAAGGAGCUGAAGGAACACGGUCCAGAGGAUAUUGUUGUAGCCAUAGCAGGGAACAAGAAUGAUUUAGGAGACAUCAGGGAAGUUCCUAUGAAGGAAGCUAAGGAGUUUGCUGAAUCAAUUGCAGCUAUUUUCAUCGAGACUAGUGCCAGAAAUGCUGUCAAUGUUGAGGAGCUCUUUCAGAAAAUCAGUAAACAGAUACCACCCCUUGAAAACCCUGAAGUAGACAGCAACGAUUCCUUCAAACUCACCAGGCAGCCUGCUCCAUCCACCAGGAGGUGCUGCUAGUACCAUUGGUGGCAGAUGAGAUUACUUCCCACAGCACAAAGACGGACUCCACCAGCACAGCACACAGUCCACAAUGCACACAGUGUCUUACUCCUGGGAAAGACAAGACAGUGGACAGACAGAGGUCAGCUUGCAGGUGUGGUCAACUGCAACAUGAAACAGAAAAAACCUGCCAGCAGUAUUACAUGUGUCAUUGCACAUAUUAUUAUUUCAUUUAUUUGUAGCAGUUUUGGCUUUGAUGAGGUCAGGAAGAAGAAAGCCUUAAGUUUGUCCCCCUCAGGUGGUGUUUUACAUGAAUUACAGUAAGAUUCUGUCUUACAUUCUGAUUCUGUCUUCAGGCCACUACAAAUAGGCAGUUUAUCCCAUUUUCCAAAGUAAUUUAAAUCCCUAAAUUGACAACAAGUGACCUGGCUGAAAUGCUUUUUUAAAGGCUGGUUUUGACGUAACUACAUCUUAAUUUUAAGAGUCGACUACUCUUUAGAUUUUCAUCGCACUGUGGCUCUAAAAUCGCACGCAGAAAAAUGUUUUUUUUUCUUUCCUCCAUUGAGCUUUUAUGUACUAUUAUGUAUCAUUCAUAUAAAGAAUUACAUUGGAAUAUUUGAAUAAGACGUUGUCUAUGUUGAACCCUAGAUGAGCAUUCAGUUCUGUAGCUCAAAUGCAGCGGCUUUACAUUCCACUCUGUCAUGUGUUUUCACACACAUUUGCUGUAUAAGGGACAACUGUACUGUUGCAGAAUAGACAGCUUAGAGGCCUAAAUUGUAAUUACAGUAUGACACCCCCUGUUGAAACACUGUGACCAAUACUAGAAUUGUUUACAUAGUGAUUUGUUGAAGAUGUUUUCUACAUGCUGAAAUGUGUUGUGUGAGAUUUCACUACAGGGAAUGAUGACUGCCAAACAUGAGGUUUAACCUGAAAAUGAGUUACAUUUAUACUGUCCUGACCUGCAUGUAUUUUAAUCUUUGUGCCAAAAGGGCUGUGUUCUAUCUACUCACUAAACUAUAAAAUAUGGGAAUUUAUUCCUGAACCAAUUAGUUUUAGCUUGCAAAAAAAAAAGUUGAAAAUAGGGUUAAAGUGAAAAUAGUCCUUUGCCCCGUUGUGUAAACUAAGGUUUUGCCCAUUGUUUGCUGCUGUUUCUGUGGCAGUAGCGCCUCUGGAUUUGACCACUUGAGAAAUUGAUAAUGGCACUUUUGCAUACAUUUAAAAUAGUAGUCAUUUGGAUGUACGUGUGAAGUGUUUAAACAGUCACGCUACUCUUGAACAGUAUUUUUUUUUUAUAAGAGCAUUGAGUAGACAUGGACGUUGACCUAGAUACAAUGAGUAUUUCUUGUUUUAAGUUUGUACAAAAUCAAAACAUGUAUGAACAGGUCGUGAGGCUACAUUUCUAAUUUUUAUUGCAAUUACAGUCUAAUUUUACUUAUAUGUACUAAGCGUGGGGGAGGGAAUCAAUUCAUAGAUGCAUUGUGAUUCUUUCUCGAUGCAGAAAAGUGAAUAAAUAAGUGGAAAUUUAAAACCCAAUUCUUGACAUUAUGAUCAUCUGUAAAAAUGAUGUAAGACCCAGCAGUGCGUUCCUCUCAGCUGAGAUAAUUGGAUAGUAAGAUGUUAUAGAAGUCCAGUUAAGCAUGGGUGACACUACUUUGUGCUUAUCUUCCUUAAAAGUUAAAUGUAAUGGAGGCAAACAUGCGUCAUGCUUAUUUUAAUUAUGGAUCAUUACAAAUACGCUAACUUUUAAAAGUGGCAAGGAGUCCAACGUUGAGAUUAAAAGUUUGGAUGCUUCGAGAUGCACUGAUAAUCAUUUUAUAAUCGUGUUGUAGACCUCUGACUCAAAUUGAAUUGAAUCUUUGAGGUCCCUACAGAUUCCCACCCCUAAUAUGUAUCAUAGUCUCUUUAAUGUAAAGUCAUGCCAAACUCCCUUCAAAAGUCUGCCAACUAAUUUGGCCUUGCUAACUGUAACUACACAUAUAAUACAUACCUACAAGAAAGUGAUGUAACACGACUUCCUGAUUCCUGAGUUCCCACGGGAAAAUGUGUGUCACGUCUGUUCACCGAGGAUGUGUUCCUUCGAGGUAACAGACGUAUCGGUAGAAUUUUCCACUAAAAUGUAACACAGUGAUGAGAUUGACGGUCUAAUCUGAUUUAGGAGCAGCUUGAUGAAAAUGUCAUAAAACAGAGAUAUUUCCAGGCAGUUUGAAAUGACAUUACCUCCUUACAAGAGAAAAAAAUGACAUACUGUGCAAACAGAUCUUAUUAGGUUGAAUGUUGACAUUGUGAGGAGAUUUCCAGUGAUUAUAUUGGUCGUCACACAAGUGCCUUUUUAAAAUGUUUUCCUAAACAAAUGUAUGACAUGGCUAAAAGGUACAUACUGCUAGAAUAAUGCAUGAAUUACUUGACUAAACCAGUACAGACGAGUUGUAUGCAUAACAGUCAACUUUGAAACUGCCAAUUAUCUGCAGCCAUCUUUAUAAUGUAUGCAUAAGUCAUGCUUCCCUGUAUCCUCUGUAGGUCAGAUUAACUUUGUAUAUUAAUCAAUGUAAUAAAGUAGCGAUUAUUCUA